UUUUCUGGCGACUGUCGACUGAUGCAAACCUUCCUAUCCAGGAAAUAAAAGAGUAAACGACCUGAUAUUAUGGAUAAGCCAAUUGUAUGGGCUCGCGUUGUGAAGGUGCUUGGUCGCACAGGCUCCCAGGGUCAGUGCACCCAGGUGAAGGUGGAAUUCCUGGGCGAACAGAAUCGCCAGAUAAUACGCAACGUGAAGGGACCAGUGCGCGAGGGCGACAUUUUGACGCUGUUGGAAUCGGAACGUGAAGCCAGACGUCUGCGCUAGAAUGGGAGUUUUGGAUCUAUAGGACUAGGUAGAAUAAUCAUUGUGCUAAUUGGGGGAACUUUGAGGAUUUGUUGCAUAUAUUGAUGAUGAAUAUAUGAAUACCACACAUAAUAAUCUCUAAAAUAUGUAGGUCAUUUUGCAAAAGGGGUUCUGGGCGAAACUCCCUUUGCAAAUACUUAUGUACAUAUAUAAUAUUUACAAAAUCUUUCAGACUCUUGAAAUUAAUCAACUAAGCGAAUACAUGUAAAACAUUUAGAAACUUGAUCUAGCUUCAAUUUAUAAUAAUUAAUCGUAUGAGUCAUUGUGCAUUAAGUUGUUUGGGCGAAACUCUUUUUGCGAAUACUUUUAUAAAAUAUAACAAAUUAUAAUAUAAAGAAUACUAUGAAA